AUGGAGGAGACUAACAGUGAUCCUGAUGUAAGGUCUGACGAGGGAAUGGAUGAUAAUGCUAGUGAUGACGACGAUGAAGACUAUCCUGAAAUGGAAAUGUCCUUCCAACCUGUCGUCUCUGAAAAGGACCAAACUAAACCAUACGAAGUCGAAUACACUACCCACUCACGAGCUGCCAUCGAAAAGACUCAGCAAAAGGAAAUAUCUCUCGUCGCCGGAAUCCUAGGUUGUGCCGACCAACAUGCUGCUACACUACUACGCUACUUUAAAUGGAAUAAAGAUAAGCUCAUGGAAAAGUACAUGGACAACCCCGUAGCCAUAUCUGCUGCCGCUGGUGUCAUCCUCGACUCGACAAAGCAACCCAGAUACAUCCCACUAAAAGGCUUUGUCUGUGACGUGUGUUGCAACGACGAGGACGGCCUGCAAACGCUAGCCUUAUCUUGCAACCAUCGAUUCUGUCGCGAUUGCUACGAACAAUAUCUCACUCAAAAGAUUUGUGAAGAAGGUGAAUCUCGUCGCAUCCAAUGUAUGGCCACAUCAUGUAAACUCAUUGUCGAUGAAAAGACUGUCGAAAUGGUCGUCAAACCCCAAGUAUAUACUCGCUACCGUGAACUUUUGAUGCGAACAUAUGUAGAUGAUAACGAAUUCCUCAAAUGGUGUCCUUCUCCCAACUGUGAAUAUGCCGUAGAAUGCCACAUCCCUCAAAACCAACUCACCGAAGUAGUACCAUCUGUCCAAUGUACCUGUACACACCGCUUCUGCUUUGGCUGUGGACUACCUGAUCAUCAACCAUGUAUCUGUGCUCUUGUCAAACUAUGGAAUAAGAAGUGUGAAGAUGACUCGGAAACUGCAAACUGGAUUUCUGCAAACACGAAGGAAUGUACAAAGUGCAACUCUACUAUCGAGAAGAAUGGUGGAUGCAACCAUAUGACAUGCAAGCGAUGCAAACAUGAGUUUUGUUGGGUAUGCAUGGGUCCAUGGCAAGAUCACGGUACGCAAUGGUAUAAUUGCAACAGAUUUGAUGAGAAACAAUCCAUUGAUGCUCGGGAUUCACAAGCCAAGUCGAGGCAAGCCUUGGAACGAUAUCUGUUUUACUACAAUCGAUUUGCCAACCAUGAUCAAUCUGCCAAACUCGACAAGGACUUUUAUGAAAGGACGGAACGAAAGAUGGAAGAGAUGCAAAAGAGCUCUGAACUGUCCUGGAUUGAAGUGCAAUUCCUACGCAAGGCCGUCGAUGUCCUCGUUGUUUGUCGAAUGACACUCAAGUGGACAUACUGUUUUGCAUAUUAUUUAGCACGCAACAACACCACCGAAAUCUUUGAAGACAAUCAAAAGGACUUGGAAAUGGCUGUCGAACAACUAUCAGAAUUAUUAGAAAAGCCUAUAGAACCUGAAAAGAUUGCCGAGCUCAAACAACAGGCGAGUACUGUUCAUCGUAUCAUAGUCUUGGACAAAACCGUCUAUGUAUCAAGUCGAAGAGAGGUCCUCUUGACUGAUACUACAGCAGGAUUGAGUGAAGGAAGAUGGUCCUACAAUCCCGAGCUCACAGGAAAGUUGGGUGGAAAGUUCAACACUACGAGUGUUGCUUCUUCAUCGUCAGCCCCAUUAUAA